AUGGCUAUUCCGAAAAGCUGUACUGUACUAGUUAUUGGAGGAGGCCCAGCUGGCUCAUAUGCAGCCGCGGCUUUGGCUCGCGAGGGAAUUGAUACAGUGGUACUCGAGGCCGAGAAGUUCCCCAGAUAUCACAUCGGCGAAAGCACUCUUCCUUCUUUGCGGCACUUUUUCAAGUUCAUAGACUUUUAUGACACCUUCAAUGCCCAUGGAUUUUACCACAAGAAUGGUGCCGUUUUCCGACUUGCUCAAGGCCAGCCAGAUGCGUAUACCGACUUCCUCGAGGCUGGUGGUCCUGAUGCAUAUGCCUGGAACUUGAUUCGAUCCGAGUCAGAUGACCUGCUCUUUAGACAUGCGGGAGCCUCUGGCGCUCAUAUCUUUGAUGAAACCAAGGUUAACAAAAUCCAAUUCGAACAGGCCACUGGCGGAAUGGAGAAAGAUGACCUGAAUCAUGGCAAGCCAGUUUCCGCUACCUGGGCCUGCCGAGAUGGCGCUUCUGGGUCCAUCACUUUCAAGUAUCUUGUGGAUGCUAGCGGAAGACAUGGUAUAUUGAGCACAAAGUACCUGAAGAACCGGAAGUUCAAUGAUAAUUUUAGGAGCAUUGCCAAUUGGGCUUACUGGGAAAGUGACAAUCUAUAUGGCCCUGGGACACAAAUGGAAGGUUCGCCAUACUUUGAGGCAUUGGACGAUGCUAGCGGCUGGGCAUGGUUCAUGCCGCUGCACGAUGGUACAUGCUCCGUGGGAAUCGUUCAAGACCAAAAGAUGGCGACGGAAAAAAAGAAAGAAUUGGGACGCCCCUCGACCUUAGACUUUUACCAGCAUGGUCUGAAGAUGGCUCCUGGAAUCAAAAAGCUUCUCUCGGAGGCAGAUCUAGUCACCGAAAUCAAGUCAGCCUCCGACUGGUCCUAUACCGCGUCAACCUAUCAUUUACCGAAUGCACGCAUCUGCGGAGAUGCUGGCAGUUUCAUCGACCCUCUAUUUUCUUCAGGUGUCCAUCUCGCCGUGGUAGGCGGUCUCUCAGCAGCGUCUACGAUCGCAGCUUCAAUCCGGGGUGACUGUAACGAGCAGACGGCGGGAACGUGGCACUCUAAGAAGACAGUUCAGAGUUACACUCGUUUCUUCCUAGCUGUUAGCAGUGCCACGAAGCAGAUUCGUGAGCAGCAUGAGCCUAUUAUCCAGGAUAUGGAUGAGGAGGGGUUCCAACGAGCGUUUGAUAUGUUGAGACCCAUCAUCCAAGGCACCGCCGAUGCCGACACGAAGGGCACAAUCGAGAAAUCCGAAAUCUCCGAGGUUCUUGAAUUCUGCUUCAAGGCGUUCACAUAUGUCCCGCCGGACCAGAAAGACGCACUGUUCGAGAAGCUCGAGAAACUUGGUGUCAAACCCGGAAAAACCGACAUCACAGCCACAGAGACGCUCGGGAACAUCGAAAAGCAUCUUACAGCGAGCGAGCUGCGGAUACUCGAAACGCUACGCAGCAGGCGUAUGAUUCGUGAAGAUCCCUUCGAAAUGGAUAGCUUCACGCUUGACACUAUCGACGGGCUGGGACCGAACCUGGUUCACGGAGAACUGGGCCUCGUCAAAUCUGACGAGCCUAAAGUGGAUGGGGCUCACUUCUGCUCUCCAAAGUUUUUGGAUGGCAAAGGUCCUGGGAUUAGAGAGGGCAGCAUUCAUUUGCCAACGUCGAAGGUGCAACUUGGAUGA